AGGGAGGCAGUGAGAGAGCAACACAGAGUGCUUGGAGAGAGAGAGAGAGAGAGAAGUCUGAGAGAGAGAGAGGUAGGAAGGCAACAAGAGAGAGGCAGAGUGUGAGAGUGUGCAGUGUAAGAGAGACACGGACAGACAGAGCGAAAGAGCUUUGCAAGAGACCGAGAGAGAGAGAGGAAGGGAGAGUGAGAGUGAGAGAAAGUGGCAAAGACAGCGUGAAGCGGCCGGUGAAAAGGAGCAAGAGCCGGGACGCGGGGAGGAGGAGGGGCAGAGAGUCUGUUGUGACAGGCUGAGCUGGGCUCUGUGGACGUUAACUUUAUCUGCGGCCGGCCGGGGGAUUACCAUGCUCGCCGUGUGAAGAGAGGCUCCUUCAGGAUGGACCGCCCCGGUCUGGGGAGAAGCUGGCCGUGGCUCGUCUGCAGAGAGAGGUCGCACGAAGCAAGAGCGAGGGAACAAUGCGAGAGAAGCUGAUGACGGAGCUGGAGGAAGAGCGGGGUCAGAGACUGCAGAGCGAGAGGCGUCUGCGGGAGGUGGCCGAGGACUCAGAGCUGGGCCGGGCGCAGAUGCUGUCCCUGCAGCAGCACUUCUCCAGGAUGGAAGAGACGGUGCGGAGCCUGCUGCAGAACCAGGGACCGCUGGACCACUCCGCCGUGGACACUGUGGACCUCAUGAAGGCCUACAAGGACAGAAUCUCGGAGGAGGUGCAGAAGCAGCGGGAGGGCCUGGAGAGGCCGGGGCCGCCAGCCCCCGGGGAGGGGCCGCAGAACGACGGGGAGCCCGAGGCAGACGAGGACAGCAGCGUGGCGGAGGGCGACCACGAUAAAGACACCAGGCUCUUGGUGGAGAGGCUGCAGGCCCUGGAGGCGGAGAACUCUGCCCUGGCGAUGGAGAACGAGAGCCAGAGGGAGCAGUACGAGCGCUGUCUGGAUGAGGUGGCCAAUCAGGUCGUGCAAGCUCUGCUCACUCAGAAGGACCUGAGAGAGGAGUGCCUGAAGCUGCGGACGCGCGUGUUCGACCUGGAGCAGCAGAACCGGACCCUGAACGUCCUGUUUCAGCAGAGGGUCCGGCCCGCCUCGGACCUGCUCCUCCAGAAACUCCACUCGAAGAUCAUGGGCCUGUCUAUGGGGGACCUGUCCCUGGAGCCUGAGAGGAGCAAGAGCUUCCUGCUGCCCCGGAGCGCCGACUCGCCCCCACACGACUCCCAGUUGAACGGGAAGGCGGGACUUCCUGCGGGGAAAUGCCUGGGCCAGCUGAGCGUCACGGUGCCGCUGGCGGCAUACCCCAGGAGCAGCUGCAGCAGCAGCGAGCUGUCCAUCUCCAGCGCCUGCAGCGACUUCUCCAACAGCUCCUACACCUGGAACGAGGGCAAGCCGUCUUCCCUGACCUGGGAGAAGAGGGGGACCCUGGGGUCCUCGACUCCCGGCAACAUCUGCGCCCCGCCCGAGGACCAGCCCCCCACCCGGCGGAAAGAGUGCCACAUCCUGGAGGGGCUGAAGAGGCUGCAGAGGCGCCAGCCCAAGGAGUCGUCCCCCUUAAUCUCCAAGUCAGGUUACAAAGACUGUAUGAACUCCAAUGAGGGCAUCUAUUCCCUGGGCUUCAAGUGUAGGAGCCAGGGAGCCUCCAAAACGUCUGCCACUGGCACGCCCCCUGGGGCGUGUGCGGGUUCGGGUGGCAGCCGGAAGUUUUCCUACGACUCGGACGAUGCGGACGAUGAGUCGUCGCGCGCUCCCCCGGGAGAGGACCGCUGGGUGUAUUCCAAGAGGCUGACGCACAGCCUGUCCGACAGCCUGUGCAGCUGGGAGGGGGGUCCGGGCGGUGGAGACGGGACCCGGCAAGCCCAAAGUACCGCCUACGACUCCAAGGAGCAGCCCGAGAAGCUCAUUCCCACGGGUGGGUUCCUCUGCGACGGGAGGCCACGGGCCGCCUCCGGGCCCUUCCCGCUGGUGAGCCCCACGGAGCCCGAUCGCGCCUCGCCCCGCCUCUCGGACACGGACGAAGCGGAGAGCUGCGGGGACGGCGUGGAGCGGCCGGAGCGGGACAGCAGGUUCCCGCCGGACCCGCGGUGCGAGAGGCGGAGCUACAGCAGGGCGCGCUCGGCCGACAGCAGGCCCCGGCCCCUCAGCCUGCUCUGGCUGCAGAACGUCGCCAAGAGCACGCAGUCCGAAGAGUCCGUCGCCGCCAUUUUCAAUGCGGACGGGGAGCCCAUAGAGCUCGGCUCACAGUGCGCCUCCCAAGCCAGUGCCCCUGUGAACCACACCCCUGCUGCAGAGUACACCGCGCCGGCCCCUCAAGGGGGGCCCAGCUCACAGGGCAACGCCAGGAACUAUUCAGUCUUGGAGUCCCCUGAAAAUCCUGCCGAGCUCCAACCCCAGGACAUGGUGAGCAAAACCAAUGGUGGGGAGGGGUCUGCCUGCAGUUUGGAGCAUUUGCAGGCUCCCAUGCCCCCUCAGCAGAAGCUGCUAAAGCCGCCCCACAGCCGUGCCCAGAAAGUCCACUCAGUCCCCCCCAUGCAGAGCAUCUACAACCCGAAGGGCAACCUCAGCAAGAUUCCAGGCCGGGGGAGGGGGUCGCCGGUGAAGGUGGCGAAGGGCCCCGUUGCAGAGACCCCCUUGGCUCCCUCGGGCCAGGAGCACUCCCCUUCCUCCCCGCCCGUUAAACUGUCCCGGUUCAUCAAAGCUCCAGGGGCUGGUGGCAGUGGUGGGUGCUCCCAGAACUCCAAAGCUGCUCAAGUUAGCUCCCGGCUACCUGGCAGGACUGACUGGACCAAAGGCCCCUCCUCAAACAUACCAGGGUCCCCAGUCCUACCCAGGAAGCACCUGGAGCACAUGGACAUCGGAGAGCAGCCAACGCGGGAUGGGUCGCAACUGGAGGUGAGGUCCCCCUCCCCACCUCCCCCUCCUGGCCGCACCACCUCCCUGCUCAUCAGACCGAACUAUGAUGGUCCACCUCAGGCAAACAAGGCUGGGAUCCACCCCCCAGCAGCCAGCACUGUGAGGGUACACCCCCCCGUUUCUCAGACACACCCCCACUAUAUGCCAACCGCACUUAAGGGCCAGGAUGGCACUGACCCAGACCCAGGCUGCAGCCUGGAGCCCACUCCCCAGAAACAAACCGACGGCUCGGGAAACCACCAGCCGAAGUCCCCUGCUGCCUUGCCUCAGACUCCCACGCGGGGGUCCCCGAAACGUUGUCCCAUCAAACUCUUCCACCCCUCCCUAGCCACAGAACUCACCCCAGACCCCCAUGAGUCUGGGGCCAAAGGUUCGAAAAACGUCUUGCAGAAGGGCUCCUCCCUGCAGAGCACGAUUGGCAGUAAGAAGGUGGGGCCGGAGCGAGAGGGCGGGUACCCAAUGCUGCCAAAGACCUCAGGCAGUCUACCCGCAACCCUGCAGGGCCAGACACUGUGCACCCAGGAAGCAAACAUGCAAACAUCGCCAGCUGCUCCCAGCCUUUCCGGCAUCGGGGCCAGCCCACAGAACUCCGCAGAGAGAGCUGCCAAGAUUACCCGUAUCCCGAUGGGGUUCAAGGCUUUGGUCAAGUCCCCACCCACCCAGAAGGAGAGCACUUUGGCUCCGGUGAAGCAAGACAAAGAGCACCUCACCACGGCCUGCAAGGGGACAUCGACGCCUGAUGCUCCUGACCUGCCCGGUAGUCCACUAAAACCUGAGAAGAAACCCGAAUCCCGUUCUGGCUCCAUGAACCGGGAGCCGCCGUCGACGGUGCUCAGUGAACACGAUGCUGCCUGUGAUCGAGUGGAUGUCGGGAGCAGGUUGUUCAAGCGCUCCAUUUCCGUCACGACCAAGCCCCACUUAAAGCCCGCCCUGGGGAUGAACGGGGCCAAAGCACGCAGCCAGAGCUUCAGCACCAACUACAUGGAGAGGCCCAACAUCGGGGUGUCGGAUGGGCCUGGGAAGAUCCGGACGCAGAUCAUCACCAACACAGGGGAGAGGGGGAACUCCCUCACCAGGCAGAGCUCGCUAGGUGAUGGCUUCCAGCUCAAACCAGCCACUGUGCCCGUGGAGACCCUGCCCCUUGCCUUUAGCCGUACUGGUCUGCCCGGGGCCUCCGGCAGCUACAACAGCCCAACCGGUGUACCGGGCAAAGCCACCCCGAAAGGCGAUGCAGCCCGGGCGGCCCCCAGAGGCGAAACCGGCGGUGUGGUGCACCAGAAGGAGGCCAGGAGCAUGUCCCUCACCGACAGGUUCAGCCUCAAGAGCUCCCGCCAGCCUCAGCCUCAGUCGCCGUCCUCUCUGGUCUGCAGCCCCAGCUCCCCGGCAGAGGGCACAGCCCUGAGGUCGCCAUUGAAAAGCAGCCUGAAACAGGGUCAGGCCAAGGGCCCGGACAGGGUGGAGAAACUGGCCAGCCCCACUGCCUGCACCAUUGAGGAGAAAGUGAUGAUGGGAAUCCAGGAGAAUGUGCAGAAGGGCCAGGUGCAGGACAGGACCCAGGCACCCGAGGUUAAGCAGAAGUCGGGCUCAUCCCUGGCCAACUGGUUCGGCUUCCGGAAGAGCAAGCUGCCGGCUAUGGGCAGCAAGAAGGCGGACGGAGCCAAGGGAAAAGAGGAGAAGAAGGAGCUGAAGAUGGGGUCAGUUCUGGGAGGCGGCAAGCAGCCCAAGCCUGAUAAAAAGAAAGAGAAGAAAAGAAAUGAGACGCAGCGAAAAGACAGCCGGGAGCAGGUCGCCACGGAGAGCAGCGAUAAGCUUGGCUUGAUAAUGGAUCACUGCAGCGUCCAGGUGGGACAGCUGACCACUCAGAUCCAGCAUUCUACAUCCUGCGUUGGGAAGGAUCUGUUUAUGAAGGAGCUCCUGAACAGGAGUGCAGCAAAGGGUGAUUCCCAUGGUGCACCUCUUCCCGGCAUUCCUGCCAGUGCCCAAGGCACCCCCAGGAAUAACGGCGGAACGUCGGGAGAUUCAGAAACCUGCAUCGAUACUGCAGCCAAGAUCACCCAGAAAAACAACCUCAAGGCUGACAAUGAAGACGAGCCAGUCCCUGCAGCUGUCUGUCAAGAUCACAUGAUUGGCUCCAGCUGCCAGACGCGAACCUUGGACAGUGGCAUCGGCACCUUCCCCCUCCCCGAUUCCGUUGCUCGGGCAACCGGCCGGCACCUCACCAAAUCUGCGUCCACCCCCGAGCGAGCCCUGGCCACGCCCGCCGAAGCCUCUCAGGAUCCUCCCCCAACGCUGCUGCCCAGGUGGAAAGUGCCUUCUCGCCCCGAAACAUGUUCGCGCCCCCACGGCGGCGUUGGGGUGUCUCUCUCUGACCCCACCAUGACCGGGAGCAAGGACCUGCCUGACCCACAGAGCCGGCUGCCAAAACCCACCACCUCAGGUUUAAUUAACCCGAAGAGGCGAACCCAGAGCGAAUCGCAAUCAAACCCCGCCCGGACCCCUGGAAACCAUGACAACCAGACAGACAAGCGAAGGAGCAGCAGGGAGCACGCCUUGUCCUCGGACCGGGCUCUCCGCGUGUGCACGUACUCCGGCAGCAGUGGCAGUGAGGCGGAGAACGGGCCUGAGGACGACACCCCUGUGACACGCCCCUCCCACGUGACUCCGCCCCCCAAAUCCAAGAGCAACAAACCAGGUGACCAUGAGGGUAUGAAGAGGAGCAGCGUGGGAAACCGGCUGUCAAUCAUGGACUAUUACCAACAGGAAGUGUUCCCGCACUACGAGAAGGAGGAGCAGAGAACCGUCCCUCAGUACAACUCACCUGGCACUGAGGGCAAUGCUGGAGACCCCCAAACCAAAGCCAGCGUGCUGGAGGAGAGGACGUCUUUCUCAGGAGUCUCCCUGGACUCUCUCAAUAGGCUCAACAGCAACGGCGUAGAGAAACGCCCCGGGGACCCAACUGCCGAGGCCCCGUCCUCCAGAGUGGACAACCUGGGGUCCCUGAGUGACUCCCUCUACGACAGCUUCUCAUCCUGUGCCAGCCAGGGGUCCAACGAUGUGUAGAGCCGCCCGGGACCCCCGGACAGCAGGACACCCAGACACCCAGACUCCCAGACCCCCGGACAGCAGGACAGCGGGACUCCCAGACCCCUGGACAGCAGGACACCCAGACCCCCAGACUCCCAGACCCCAGGACAGCAGGACAGCGGGACACCCAGAUCCCCGGACCCCCAGGCCCCAGGCCAGCAGGGCAACCGGACCCCCGGACCUGUCCCGCCAACUUAGCACUUAAAAUAAGAGGAACGCAGACUAUGUGAGGAGAAAAGAUCUGAGCUAACUACAGCAGAGCAUGCUGGGGAAACCAAUAAUAACCAACCAAUGACGGUUCAUCAGAAAAAAUGACAGCAAUAUCUGAAAUCUGCAAGGUUAAUGCAGUUUUUAAUCUCAAUCCCGUUUGGGGAUUCACUACCGUUGCACUGUAAUAAAUACUGGACAAUGUUUCUUCGGAAUUUUAAGUGAAAUAUAUUUGUAGCAGCUAUGACCACAAGGAACAGAAAGCAAUAAAAAUUGACCGCCCGGUGCCAUUGCCAACAUUUGCAAAUUAGAACGUCUGAAGUGACAUGAAAAAUGUCUUAUUUCCCCUCUUCUUUAUUGGUUUUAUGUGUAUUUACAUAAGUAAACCGAGGGUAAGUGUUACCGUUGAAUGUGGUACUAAGGAUGUUGCAGAAUCUCAUGAGAGACACAGAGCAGGGAAGGUAGAGGUGUGCAAAUGACUGGUGGAAAGGUGUGGAAAUGUGCAAACCUGCGUAGCUAACGAGGAGGCUCGACCAGCUCUCCAGCCCUCAAAUUAGCACUGCUCGUUUUCAUGACUUACCCGACACAUUUAGCCAUUUUCAAAGGCAUUAAUCACACAGAGCCGUGUGAAUAACUAGAGUUAAUAGCAAAACUGGAGUUUGACUAGCCCUGUUAAUCGGUUUAACAUUCGCAUAACAUAAUUGCGCAUGUGAUCCCAUUCCCAAGUUUGCAAGGAACACACAAAAGUACGACACCUGGACAAAUUUAAAACCAGAAUAAUGACGAAGAAAAACCACCCUCACAGUCACACAGUUUUUUGCGACUCUUGUAACAUAAACAAGUACCCUGUAAUACCUGAACUCGUAUAAUGUACCACUUGUGCACUUUCUGUAUGUACAGGUAGUGCUGGUGUUGGAGUAAGAUGAAUGGGAUAAGCAUUUGAUUAUAUUGCCGUAAACCAGCAUUGCUAAUAACUAUGUGCUUACAUAGUAUGCUCUUUGAGCAAUUAAUGUGUAGGUACAUGGGUAUAUAAAAAAAAAAAAAUUCAGUCUCGCCACAAUACACUAUUUUCUCUAGGUAAUUUUUUGUUUCUUUCUUAAACAACACAGCAAUGCUUUUGUAAUUACAGCUUGUGUAUGGGUAAAAGAAAAACGUAUUAGUACUUGCUUUGCAUGCUGGUCCUGCAUAAAUGCAUCAUUUGAGAACUUUAAAUUAUGAACAAAGUGUGAUUAAUGUAAAAUGUGUGACAACCAGAGAAAAAGGUAUCCCUUUUUCCCCCAAAAUCAUUUACUCAAGGUUCAGGGCAAAGCAAGCUGCUAUGAGAUGGAACCUGAGCCUUAAAGUUAACCCUGUGAACAUAAAAUACAAUCACAGUACCGCAACACAUCUGGCCCGUGUGGAUACUUACACACCAUCCUAUGAUGAGACGGGGCUGUGUGUGUAGCUCAGGGACAAUUAAACAGCAGAUUUAAAUGUGAUUCAUAACCUGUAAUUAUGAAGAAAAAUGGAUUGCUCUGUGAAAGACAAGUAUGAAAUGGUAAACACAAAUGACAUUACCAGAAUGCACAGACUGCACACCUAACCACAACUUUGUGUUAUCUCACUACACCAGUGCUUUCGUUCCAAUCUCGUACGUAAUCGCCCGGUUGAGAAACCGAAUCCAGACAUCCGUUUAUCAUUUGGAAUAUACUUUAACUUUUUUUUUUUUCCCUCAUAUAAAUAUGAAGUGUUCGGUUUGAAUGUUUUUUUUAUUUUUUUGUUUUUUUUAAAUAUUAUUUAAAUAUUUCUAGGUUUUGGCUCAGUCACAACAUCUGAACAAGCAAUGCUAGCAGACAAAUGCAAUUAAGUGUCUCAAAAUAUAAUUUAGACGAUAGUUAUAUUAUUAAAUGUUUUUUCCUCUCCGGCUUACUUAUUUGAAAUGUAUCUGUGCUCCCAUGUGUGACGGUCUGUAGAUAUUUUAACAUAAAAUGUUUUAUUGUUCUUAUUUUAAAAUCUACUACUGCAACCAUCAUUCUUAACUCAGUCUCUAAGCCUCUGGGAGCGUUAUGCUACAUUUCCAAAAUCUCACAGAUCUUAUUAAUGGGUGCUAAUCAGAAAAAGAAUACUGUGUUUCUUUGUCUCAAUUUUUCUACAAAACUGUUCAUAUGUAUGGAGAGUCUAUUUGAAAGGACAAGUGUAUUUUUCUAGCUGUUAUGUAUUUAUACCUACCUUUUGUACAUGGAACUGUAUAGUGGUGUAAUUGUAUUAUUUCUGAUUUCUCCUUCAUUGUUCCAUUUUAAAGAGAAUCUGAUACCAACAGUGUUACUUUGGUAAUGAUUUGUGCAAUUUUGGCUGUUACAUUAGACUUUUAUGCUAUAUUUUAUGUAAUGACAUUGUCAGAAAGAAAUAAAACUAUUUCCAUUUUUAA